AGUUUGUUCCAUAUCGACACCGAGCAUUUAUCGUUUCGUCAUUAUUGUUUCUUGGCCAUUCCACUCGUAUCGUUCGACCUUCUAUCCUCACAGUAACCGUAAUGUUCAACCUUAUCCCCAUGUGUAGUUUUUGAGAAUAAUUUCUUUCUUCUUGUACACUAAAGUCAAAGUUCGACAUUUGCCGUCGUAAUGAAUUUCCAGUUUCUACUAACAGUGAUUAGUUGUGUAAUAUUCAGUAUUAAUGGUGCAAGAAUCUUGGUGUUAUUCCCGCAUCAAGCAAAAAGUCACUACAUCGUGUUCGAGCCAUUAUUGAAGAAACUUGCUGAAAAUGGUCAUCAGGUGGUGUCAGUGAACUUUUUCCCUCAGAAAACGCCUUUGCCUAAUUUUACAGAUAUUGAUAUAAGUUCAAGUCUACCAAGUUUGGUUGGCACCAAGACAGUGCCAAACUCUUUUAAAGCAUCUAAAUGGGAAGUACUUAGGGCGGUGCUUAAUCGUGGUGCACCAUCAUGCGAUUCUGUGCUGAAUCAUCCGGCGCUGAAGAAGCUUCUGCGAUCGAAGGAAAAGUUUGACGUUUGCAUUAUCGAGCUUUUUGCCACUGAUUGUUUUCUUGGUAUCGUUCAUACUUUGAACAUACCGAUUGCAGUUGGAGCUACCAGUAGCGUUAUUCUACCAUGGACGAACGAGAUUAUGAGGAAUCCUGAAAUCCCUAGCUAUAUCCCGUGCUGGAUAAACGAUUUAACGGAUCAGAUGAAUUUCUUUGAGAGAUCCAUUAACUUUGUGGAUUUUCUAGUCACCAAAUUUGCAUACAGAUACUUAUCAGAUAAGCCAGGUUACGAAAUUGCCAAAAGACAUUUCGGUGACGAUCUGCCCGACUUUGACACUCUAAGAUCGAGAAUAUCAUUGGUAUUAACAAACGGACAUGCAGCAGUUAGCACUUCGCGAGCCUUGGCGCCAGGAUUCAAGGAACUGGGUGGUAUUCACAUACUGUCAUCAAGUCCACCAUCGUUGCCGGAAGAUCUUCAGAAUUUUCUUGACUCGCACAGCAAAAACGGUGUUAUUUACUUUAGUCUAGGAUCGCAAAUAGACUCGUCCACCAUGUCGGAGCAGGCGUUAGCAGCUUUUUACAGAGCAUUCGAGCAAGUACCGCAGCAAAUACUAUGGAAGUGCACCGGAGGGAAAAUGCCCACGCUGCCCAAGAACGUUAAGUGCAUCGAAUGGGCGCCCCAGCUCUCCAUAUUGUGUCACCCGAAUGUGCGGCUAUUUAUUACACACGGCGGAUUGCUAGGGACUCAAGAGGCAGUUUAUUGCGGGGUACCGAUUCUCGGUAUACCCCUGUUUGGAGAUCAGCACUUGAACAUGGCCUACUUCGUGAAAAAGGGGUUGGCUCUGAAGCUGGAUUACCGUCAACUUUCAUACGCGCUAGUAUCGAACGCUUUGAGCGAACUGCUCGUGAACAAGAGCUACAUGGAUAUGGCACGAAAAGCUUCUUCGCAGUUCAAAGAUCGGCCAAUACCGCCAUUGGAUGAAGGAGUUUAUUGGAUAGAAUAUUUACUUCGUCAUGGACCAAAUUCUUUAAAAACAGCAGCUGCAGAGUUAACAUGGAGUGCUCCGGGACUUCUUUCAAAUUGCUGCCGGAGAACAAAUUUGGGCGUUGUGACCACACCUCUCAACGUCAUCCCCUGAGCCGUCGUGCAGGUCCGAGGAGGACCCGCAACCUUCUCCACGUGGCGACCCCUAUGACCACCUAGAGCGGCACGAAACCUUACAAGGGUGAGAAGUGCUUAUCGUUUCCCACUCUGCCCGCUUCUUUGGGAGCAUUAUUUCUUCACAAUAGGAGCGGACCGCGAGGAACACCUCAGCAUCGCAUCUACGACUGACGAGGGGCCCAAGCUCUCGCCAAUUGCGAGUCACAGAACAUGGCGGGGGAUUUCCCAUGCCGGACAAAACUCUAGCGUGUGCUGGGCCGUGACCUCGCCCUCUCCGCAAUGGUGACAGGUGUUCGUCACCUUCCUUCCUAUGUUCCGUAGGUACCUGUCGUUCAGGUAGGCUUGAAUGACACGAACAAAAUAGGGAGGCACCUCGAAGAAUUCAAAAGCCUCAACUAUCCCAUCCCAGGGUAUGGUGUUGAACGCAUUGAUUAUGUUCAAAAUCGCCAACAAAAACUGUCAACGCCACCGCACUACGGGAAACAUUGUACAUAUAUAUGAAGUAUUCAUUACGUACACUAAUUAAUUUUGAACACUAUAAAUAAGGGUGUUAUAAAUUCUAUAAAUAAGAUCAUAUUCGUUUUUAGAUAAAUUUUUAUUUGCAAUCUUUAUUUUUUUUUUUUAUAUCUUCACAAAAUGUUACACUUCACGAAAGUAAAAUACAGAAUGUUUUAAACAAUACAGGAUAUAUUUGGGUUGAAAGUAACAUGUUAAAUGUUCCAAAGUGUAUAGUUUGUUUUAAGAUUGUAAUAAUUCAGAAUUCGUCCAUUUACAUUAUCGUAGAUUUCCUCUUUGUUAUUUUAUUUAUAAUCGUUGAUAUUAUUCUUAUAUUUCAUCGAAACAUCGUACUAUUUUAUCGCAGAAUUUAAAUUUUACUAAAUAUACAUACAUAACGUAUCUUAUGAAUAUUGUCAUUGGUGUGUAAUAUUUUUGUUUCUUCGAUAAUAAGUUUUAUUAUCAUAUGUUUAAUUAUACUGCAUAUCAUAAUACAACAGAUAUUUUCAUAUAUCCUAUAUAUCUUAAUAAUAUAUUUUUACACAUCUUUAAUAACCUCCUUUUCUUUGACAGACUCCUAUUAUAAAUCGUUAAAAAUCCUCAAUUGUCCAACUAAACUCACAGAGAAGCAACCAAAGAGCUAAAAGAAGUUCGCAUUGAAAUAAUUUAUUGUAGCGAGAAAUUGCCUUGAAAUAUGAAGCUGAAGUAGAAGGAGUACAGAAGGAUACGUAUCAAUAGUUCUUUAAAUACAAAUCUUUAUGAUUUUUCUUUCUCGUUAACCGACUUAGUUUUUCCAUUUUUCUCAAUAUAUCAGAACUAAAAAAAUUUUAGAUACAUUAGAUUUGGAAGAAUUAUAAAAUUGUUGAUUAUCUUCAAUCGAAUUAAAAUAAAAUCAGCUAAAAAUUUAAGUUUUUUCUAAUGUAAUCAACGAUUUCGAAAAUACAUCACACUCGUCCUAGUUGAAAGAACUACCAAAGAUGAUUAUAAAGACUUCUCAUCUUGUCUGUCAGGUUAACCACAAUCCAUAAACUUAACACACUCCCUACUUACAGAAUUUCGAUUUUUAGUAGUACUAUGAUUAUGAUUUUAUGAUCAUAAUUAGGUAUUGUUAAUUGAGGCGCAAUUCACGAAAGGUUACUUUUGUCAAACUAAUCAGUUUACUGAAACUAGACGAGUCUAGCUCGCUCCUCCUGCGCUCAUUAGCUCGUUCUAUGAUCUUUUUCUCAUUGUGACAUGACAACAAGAAACAACAGGAAGAGGAUGAGCUGUUACUGUCUAAUGAGCCUCGUGCACUCAUUUAACUCCCAUGAAAGACCGUUUAUGUUGUGUUCUGCCCGAGCAACGAGAUGAAGUUGCAUUUGCGAACAAUAUCGCGAGUUGAAAGAAUAAACUUCGCAUCGCACAUUUUCAUCCUGGCAACUUUUUGGUUUCGAACUAGGAGCUAGUAAAAGAACAAACUUAGCAGUUUCCAAAUGACCAUAUUUUACAUGACCAGCAUUAGUGCCGCUUAUUUUGUAAAUAGUAAAAGAUUAAUCAGUCUCCGUUGGUUUCUAUAAUUAUUACAAUUAAAAUAGAUAAUGAUAUUAACUGUAAUAUCUUGAAUUUAUGUUGUUACAUUACACUAUUAUUAAUAUUCUGAAAUCUUAAAUCAUAUUCCUACUUUACACUGGAACUAAAAGAAUUUCGAUUCUGUUAAUGUAAAUUAAUUAAAAAAGGCGAAACUAAAUUUCUAGUUAUCACAAAGCUGUUUUUAUUAUAUCAUGAAUCUGAUUUGUUAAAGUGAAGAUUCUGCGUUGAU